AUGAUCGGAGCAACAUUAUUUUACUUUUCUAAUUUGUCGUGUGUACUGGUUGGACUUGUAUACCCAUUAAUUGCAUCGUAUCAUACUGCCAAACAGUUCAUUCAAAAACAAGAGGAAUAUGAAAUUGUUAUUAAAUUUCAAAAACUUCAAGAAAAGAAGAAGAGAGAGGGAAUUGUGAAUACAGGAUUUGAAUUUAAUACUCCCGAAAGACAAGAACAACUUUGGAAGGAAGAACAAGUUGAAAUGUUGGAAGGAAAUCACAAGAAAUGGCUUGCUUAUUGGAUGAUCUAUACUAUUCUCUAUGCUAUUGAAUUUAUUUUGGAAGAUUUCUUCUACAAUACCCUCCCAAUUUAUUACAUUUUCAAACUUGCUUUUGUUAUUUAUGUCAUUACCUCAAAGAGUAUUUGCAUAUGGUUCUUUGAUAAUUGUGUUUAUAAGUUAAUGAAGUGGGAAAAUUUGGAACAAGAUAUUGAUAAGGUUCUCAGUUUCGCCAGAGGAAAGUUAUACACAUACGUUGGAAAGUACUUUGAGGGAAGUAAGGAAGCUGGAGCUGGAUUGUUACUUGGAUUACAACAAAAUCUUUUACCAUUUGUUAUGUCCUUCAUAGGUCAAAAGAAAGAAUAA